ACAAAUACAUUAACGAUCUCUUCGUUUGCUUUCUCAGUAAUUAACAAUGGAUGCAAUGAAGAUGAGACUCUUUGAGGCUGUCUUGGUGGCUAUGAUGGCUUUCUCUGCUCUGCAACAGGCAGCCGCCGUGGAUGCUCCAGCUCCGAGCCCUACCUCUGACGCUUCCUUGUCUAUCCCUGCUUUUGUCGCUACCGUAGCCACUCUGGCGGUUGGGUUUCUAUUCUGAGCACAUUCGUUUUGAUUUUUAGUUUAUAUAGAAAUCAUAUUCUUGAUUUCAUAAUUAUUUUCACUCUUGUGUAUUGUUUAAAGAUUUGCAUCCGAAUAUCAAUAAACACAUCCCUAUCAGUUUCUUUGUACUAUGAUCAAUGUAGUU